AUGUACGCCUGGAGGGGACAAGUGGCUGAUUCCGAAACAGAAAAUGCAUGCCUUAUAGACCAGGGGUCCUGUGGAUGCUGUCUGAUGCAGCAGCAGAUUCAAAGGAUGAAGACGUUCUUCAACACAAGCCUCACGGAGCUGGAGCAGGAACUGACAAAAACAAAGAAUGUUCUCAACAAUAUCAGAGCCAGCCGCAGUGCCUUCUCUGUGUCUCUAACCAAUAAAAACAACUUCAACUGCUUUGGCCCCUUCCGCGACGACAAGCUCAUCCCUUACCAACAUGUCUUCAUCAAUCUGGGUGAUGGCUACAGUCCCGAGACCGGUAUCUUCACUGUUCCUCGCUCCGGUGUCUACAGCCUCGCCCUCACCGUCUACAGUGAUGCCGGGUCUCCUGGCAACACCUUGGCCGCCUGCGCCAAUCUGCAGGUUAACGGCCUGACGGUGGCAGGAUCCAAAGAAAAAAAUAUGCAAGACCAAGAGGACAGUGCCACUGUAGUUGUGGCCCUCCACCUUAAUGCUGGGGACAGGGUGGCUGUCAACCUGCCCAUUGGAUGUUUCCUCUGUGACGACAAUAACCAUUAUAACACUCUCACUGGUUUCUUGCUGUAUGCUACUGAUUAA